AUGAAUUCAACUCAAGAACUCUUAGCUUUACUGACCAUAUCACUCAAGAACAGAGAGAGUUGGCUGGCGAUUUUAGAAUCCGCUCUCUAUUUGACAGUCAUAUUAACCGCCUUUCUGGGAAAUACGUUAUUCAUCUUGGCAUUUAGCAACACGCCAUCGCUCCGCAGUUCUCAGAAUUUCUACUUGGUAUCGCUUGCAAUUGCAGAUAUCUUAAACGCAGUUGUCUGUAUGCCCAUUACACUUGCGGUGUCCGUUAAAGGAAAAUGGGACUACAGUGAUGUCAUUUGCCAGUUUCAAGGAAGUUUGAUUUCAGUUUUUUCAACUGUGUCACUUCUCACUCUCUGUAUGAUCGCCAUUAAUCGCUAUGUAAAGAUUACUCGGUCUGCACAUCUCUACAGGAGAUUAUUCAGCAAAGGGAACGUUUUGUGCUCCAUCGCACUAUCGUGGAUUGUCACAGUUUUUCUCAAUUAUUCUGUGUACUUCGUCAGUAAAACGGUGCACUAUUUUCACCCUGGAAAAUGCUUGUGCUUUGUGACAAUAGACCUUAAAGACAAACUCGGUAUAUACAGCGCCAUUCUUUAUUCAAUCGUUGUGUCUGUGACAUUUAAUCCAAUCGUCUUCAGUUAUUACAAAGUGAUUAGAAAAAUUCGUGCACAUUUUGUCCAAGUCAGAUCUUCUUCCUUCCGUGAUGACGACAGCACAGUUGCCUUCGCCGAAGAGGUCAAGAUAACAACGAUGUUGUUCGCUACCAUUCUCGCGUUUUUCAUCUGUUGGACUCCAUCGGUUAUCAUAGAUUUUUAUGAGGUUAUUGCUGGAUACUACAAACUUCCACGGCAAGUCUAUAUGUUAAACAUUUUUACUUAUGCAAGCAGCAGUGCAAUAAAUCCGAUAAUUUAUGGUUUCAUGAGAAGAGAAUUUAAAGAGGGAUAUAAAAGAGCCUUGUGUUUUAAGAGUUAA